GUGCCCGGGAGGCGGGGGGUGCAUGCCCAGGGUUGGCUCCGGGAGGUGCGGCGGGUCCCGCCAGCCCGGGCCGGGCUCCGGGGUGACCCGGCUGUGCGGGGGCCCUGCGGCUCCCCGCGCUGGUCGCUGUCCCUGAGCCGGGUCCCUGCUUCCCCGGCGCCCUGCGGGGGGUGCGUGGACAAGCCCUGCUAGACCCUGCGCCUCCUUUUGCUGAAGUAGCAGCAGAGCGGUUGUUCCGCGAAGGGACUGACCCCGUGCUGGGACUUCACCCUAAUUUCUGCUCGUCGGGGCGUUCCAGGGCUGGGUGCAGCAGCGUGGCAUCUGCGCAGCUCCUGUGCCUCCUGCCCAAGGUUCGGUGACCAAACCCUGCGCUGGGGAGUUCUGCAGAGCCCGGCGUGAGCAGGGAUGGCCGGCAGGAGGCAGGACCGGAGCCUGCGGGAGGAGCUGACCUGCGUCAUCUGCUGCGACCUCUUCAGCGAGCCCGUCAUGCUGGACUGCAUGCACCACUUCUGCAGGGCCUGCAUCCAGGGCUACUGGGACAGCUGUGACCGUGUCCCCUCCUGCCCCCAGUGCCGCCGCGAGUUCCCCGGCCGGGCCUUCCGCACACACUACCUGCUGGCGGGGCUGGUGGAGAAGGUGCGGCGCAGCGGCUCUGCGGAGCACCAGCACAAGAUGCAGAAGCACCUGGAGGAGGCUUUGCAGGCCCGUCGGGAGGAGAUGGGGAACUUGUCUCAGAGGAAGCGGGCGGCGCAGGAGGCGAUCGGAGGCCUGACGAAGGUGUCUGGGGAGCUGAAUGUCAAGAUCCGGGCAGAGUUUGCCCGCCUCCAUCAGAUCCUGGAGGAAGAGGAGAGGGCUGUGCUGGCAGAGCUGGGCAAAAAGGAAGAGCAGUCGCUGGUGCAGCUGCGCGGGGACGUGCAGUGUCUGGAGGAGGGGAUGUCAGUGCUGCAGAGGGACAUAGAGCGCAUAGAGCAGGCCCUGAGCACGAUGGAAGAGGUGUCACUGCUGGAGGUGGAGAGCCUGGAUAUCAGGCCCUCGGUGUGUGUGGAGACCCAGCCUGCCUUCGACCUGGAGCGCUACAGGGACAGCCAUGGUGGCCCCUUGCAGUACAUCUUCUGGAGACAGAUGCUGCGGUCCCUCUGCCCCGCUCCUGCCCCGCUCACCUUCGACCCUGAAUCAGCUCACCCCAGCCUGGUCUUCUCCAGGGACCUGACAGCGGUGACAGAGAGGAAUCGACCCUGCGCUGUCCCCAGCAGCCCCCGGCGCUUCCUUCAGUGCGUCAACGUCCUGAGCUCACAGACCUUUGACAGUGGCCAGCACUACUGGGAGGUCUGGGUGGGCACCAAAACCAAGUGGGACCUGGGGGUGGCUGCUGAGGACGUGGACCGAGCGGCGAAGGUCAAGCUGUGCCCGGAGAACGGCUACUGGACACUGCGCCUGCGGAACAGGACAGAGUACUGGGCCACCACCACCCCCUGGGUGCGCCUGGCUCCCCGCCGGCCUCCCCGGAAAGUGGGGGUCUUUCUGGACUGCCAGGAGGGCAUUGUUGCCUUCUUCGAUGCUGAGAACAUGUCCCACCUCUUCACCUUCCACCAGGUCUCUGCAGAGAGAUACUGCCCCUUCUUCAGCACCUGCUUCAGCGAUGGGAGGGAAAACGUGGCACCCAUGUACCUCUGCCACCUCACCCUGUGAGGGACGAGGAGGAGCAGGGGGCUCUGGGGACCCCAGCCUGGCUCCUGGUCACUGCCUGGGGCUAUGCUGGAGGCCAGUUCUGCGCACAUGGAUCUGGUGGGUGUUGGAGGGGCUCGUUUGGUUUCAGUUUUGGGAGGAAGGAGGGAGAUGAGUCUCUUCAUAGCUCCUGUCUGUUCUCUUUUCUCUGUGCUAUGGGCUGUGGGUGCCACACUGUAUUCCUGGAGGUGCCUGGCAGCCCUCAAACAGCAGCCUUCUGUGCCUGAGCAUUGCAUGGUGCAGUAACCUCAGCCACGGGGCUGCAGUGAAGGUGGCUGCAGGCUGCUUGCACUUUCCCUCCUUUUAUGCUCCCACCCAUAAACCUUGUGGAGGAAGGCGGUGCUCCUGGAGCACCAUCGUGUGCCUCUUGUCACAGCUCUGAGCUUCCUCUGAAAACCUUCGUGGGGAAGGAGUGCUCUGGCGUGGGGAAGGGCUCCAGGCUGGCAGCAGAGGGAGCUCCAUGCUCUGUGUGGGACCCACUGCAGCCCGGGGACUGUGACGCUGCCUCGCUGCUACUCCAUCACCAGUAAAGUUCAUUAGAAAACCA